AGAAAAAGUGCACGGGCGCCUGAGGUGGGAGGAUGUGAUGACGCUGUGCCCCCACACAGCGGGAACUUGGGCCUUUAAAAAGCUGAGGAAACAGCCUCUGAGCAAGCAGUGGCUACACUGGAGGAAAGCACACCCAGGUCUCACAUUAAAGAAGCCAAACUGUCUGCUUCAAAGAGAAAAGGCAACAUCCUGUCACAGGCCAUGCUCUGGCAAAAACCUACAGCUCCAGAGCAAGCCCCGGCCCAACCCCGGCCGUACCAGGGUGUCCGUGUGAAGGAGCCAGUGAAGGAGCUGCUGAGGAGGAAACGCGGUCAUGCCAGCAGUGGGACGGCGGUUGCACCUACUGCGGUGGUGCUGCCCCACCAGCCUCUGGCGACCUACACCACAGUGGGUCCUUCCUGCCUUGACAUGGAGGUCUCUGCUUCCACAGUGACAGAGGAGGGGGCCCUGUGUACCGGUUGGCUCUCCCAGCCUGCCCCGGCCACCCUCCAGCCCCUAGCCCCAUGGACGCCCUACACUGAGUAUGUGUCCCAUGAAGCUGUCAGCUGCCCCUACUCAGCUGACAUGUAUGUGCAGCCUGUGUGCCCAAGCUACACGGUUGUGGGACCCUCCUCCGUGCUGACCUAUGCCUCCCAGCCGCUCAUCACUAAUGUCACGACGAGAAGUGCUGGCACGCCCACAGUGGGACCCCAACUGGAGGGCCCAGAGCACCAGGCACCCCUCACCUAUUUCCCGUGGCCUCAGCCCCUGUCCACAUUGCCCACCUCCACUCUGCAGUACCAGCCUCCGGCCCCAGCCCUGCCUGGGCCCCAGUUUGUCCAGCUGCCCAUCUCUAUCCCUGAGCCAGUCCUUCCGGACAUGGAAGACCCCAGGAGAGCCAUCAGUUCCCUGACCAUCGACAAGCUGCUUUUGGAGGAGGAGGAUAGCGACGCCUACGCGCUCAACCACACGCUUUCCGUGGAAGGCUUUUAGGGCUGGCUCCCACCACAGAAUCCUGUUCCCUGAAACUGGGGUUUAAAAAUGAGCCUGGAUUCAGCCUCUGGUUCAUGUUUGUUUGGAGUAGCCAUUUCAUAACUACACUUUCUAUGCAAAACUAGAAUUGUAGACUUUCCUUCCUUCCUUCCUCCUUUGACCCCUCCCUCCCUCCCUCCUGCUCCCUCCUUUCUUUCCUCCCUUCCUUCCUCUUCCUUUCUCAUUUCUUGUUUAAUUUCUGUUCUUUUGGGGAGGGAAUUAUAGGGAUAUUAGAAAUAAUAUUGAUGCCAAGUGGUGACAAAUCUGUGGCCCAGGUGCUUUCAUUUCUGCCACGUUUCGUUCCUGGAGAAGGUCCCUUCUCUCCAGAGCCCACUGCUUCGUGGGAGCCAGUGGUCCUGCUGAGCCAUCUUCAGGCCAGUGAUGCCCUGCCCUCUGUCAUUUAGAGAUGUGUAGGGUGCCCUGCGGGAAGACUGGCCCUGCCAGCACCUCCAAGGGCAGACUUAGUGCCAGAGUCCUUGAGCUGUCAGUUCUCACAGUUGUUCCUUUGUUUGCUGUUCUCAGAGCCAGCCAGAUUUACAGUCUAGGCAGCUGAGUCUCAAGGCCUGGGGCUCAGCAAGGUGGUGGGUGGGGGAGAAAAAGGAACAUCAGAGAGGGCAGUGGUGGGGUCAGAGGGACAGAGGAGCAAUGGGAACACGGCAUGUGUAUAUAUGGUGGGGAUGGGGUGGGAAAGUUUGGGUUUUCUGGGGAGAGCAGGAAGGCUGAGGAAUGGUGGAACGGUUUAGCUCCAGAUCACUUGGUUACCAAAGAGGAGAAUAAACUUAAGAAAAAUAUGACUUUAAUAGGUGGUUUUGCUGCUCUCCUUGAGGAUACUUGCAAGGAAAGACGAACUUUUGUAAAUAGGAUCAUUGCUGUGUCUGACUGCUUCUUCCCAUGUCUGGAUCCUCUGUGAUGCUGUGUGUAGGCCAAGAUCUUCAGAAGCCCAGUGGUGACUGGGUCCUUGCUUAGUGCUGUCACAUGUACUUCUUUAGUGUCUUAAAAACCUCCAUAAGCCAUGAUUAUGUGGAACCAAUUCCUCUUCCUCAAGCGCCAUCCAUGCUGGAGGCUUCUAGAGCCUCAGACAAAAGUACCAUUAGCUGUCAUUUCAAUGUUUAUUUUUUUGCUGGAGAAACUUCAGAUUUGCAGGAGCCUGAGCACAGUUGUCACCACCAGUGCUUAGCUCCUGACAGUGGUGUGUGCUUUGAGAACUGGCACAUCUGUCUGCUAAUGACACGACUGCCACUAGUAGGCAGACACAGUAGUUGAUGGAAUCCACGUAGAUGUCAUGGACUUUUCUGGGAAAUGAUCAUUUCUUUGACAUUGAUGGUCAAAUAAUGGUUUCUUAGCCAUUAUAAAUAAAAACUGGAGAAAGUUGCCUUUUUUUGGAUUUUUUCUGCUUUGGAUUUAUUUUGACUCAAAUUGCUCAGUAUCUGUCUAAAAUCCCAAUACAAAUAUCUUAUUUUUAUUGACUUAAUUUUUAGAUUUAAAAUCUUAGAAAAGAUUUUAGGUAUAAAUUUACAUCUUCAUUGGUGGCAGUGAUGAAGAGGCAAGGAUGAGGAGAUCUCAGACUUUGAUUAAAAGCCCUGGUUUCCUAUAAGAAAUACUAUGCAAGAGUUUCAGCUUACUAUAUGAAGAUAUGAGAGGAUGCAAAAGCCACCUCCAUAAGGGAGUUUAAGCUGGCAACACCCAGCAAAUAAAUAAAGUACUUUAAGUAUUUGCUAAGAUUUAAAUGGUGUCUUUUUUCUUCUUAUCUUGAGACAAAAUGUCUUGGUAUUCCCUCUAGAGAUCUUCCUGUUUUUUUCUGCUAAGAUGGAAACAUUUUCAAUAAAGAUUUGCCCAGA